UGUCCAAAUCGACGUGCUUGCUAGAGGUGCCGAUGGCAUGAAAUCCGGCUGUCAUGGAGCCAGCGGUAGUGUUCCUGUGAAAUAAAGACGUUUUUGUGGAUGUCGUCCAGAUUCAACAGAAAUCAACUGAUUCAACGAAAACCGCCUCAUCACAUCACAUGGCACCCCAUGCACAUGAUUCGUCAACCAUGCCAUUCCCAUUGUGACUCCACCAAAUGAAAGAAAGAAAGGUUCACUAGCUGCUAGGCGUAAAACUCGUGCAAUGCCAGACAAGCAAUGGAAGCUUUUCCAUGCGUAUACUAACCUCCAGUAACAAUGUCCAAGUCCAAGAACCACACCAACCACAACCAAAACAAGAAGGCCCACAAGAACGGUAUCAAGAAGCCUAAGACUUACAGAUACAGAACUUUGAAGAACGUCGACGCCAAGUUCAGAAGAAACCACAGAUACGCUUUGCAAGGUACCGCCAAGGCCGUUGCUGAGGGCAGAGGUGGAAACUAAAUGUUUUAGCCACGUGUGUAUUUGAAUCUUAAGCUUUAAAUGUUACUUUAAUUUAGAACGCUCCUUCGUAGACACCGUGUAUAUCCGGGAAAGCAUGGUUGCGUGCAUCUUCAGUCACUCGGGGCGCAUAAACAUUAUGUGGCUGGAAUUAGGAUUGGUUCGCGAUGAUAGAAGGCGAUUUGCUACGGGUGUCUGCCGUUUGAAAUUCGUGAAAUCAGCCGGAAUUGCAGAAUCAGAAUGAAUUACGGAAGAAGCAUGAAUUGCAGAAGCAGU